GAAGACAAACAUAUACUGAAGAUUACUGUAGAAAUAACACAUUAAUACUAUUUUUUUUUAUUAACAUGAUGAAGACACUUAUAUAUUCUCUCAAUAAUUAAAGGGAUGGGGGGAAAAUAGGGUGCAACUGAAUUACUAAUCAUUUUCAUUCUUAUUUCUUUUAAUCAUAAACAAGAAAGCAGAUUAUUAUUAUAUUUUAAUGCCAUCACACUGACACUUUACCAAAACGCUAAAACUAGUCUGAAACAGUGACUGGUUUCCACUUUCUAACCUUCAACUGUUGGAAACGCCGGCGUGUCCACAACGCCACUCCUCCCCCCCCCCCUCCCACUCCGUCUGACACUAUGCCUCCUCAAGAACACCAACAACCUCUGUUAUCGGACUCUGGCGAAGACCAAGAAGAAACCGCUUAUGAUUCCUCGGAGAAGGUGGUCGUGGUCGGAGUCGACGAACACGAGGCUGACGUUGACGAGUGGGCUCAGGCGCCGCCGUUCUCAUGGAAGAAGCUCUGGCUCUUCACUGGCCCUGGUUUUCUUAUGAGCAUCGCUUUCCUGGACCCUGGGAACCUGGAGGGUGAUCUUCAGUCGGGUGCCAUUGCUGGGUACUCUCUCUUGUGGCUCCUCAUGUGGGCUACAGCUAUGGGGCUUGUUAUUCAGCUUCUUUCAGCGCGGCUCGGCGUGGCUACUGGGAGACACUUGGCUGAACUUUGCAGAGAGGAGUAUCCCACGUGGGCUAGGAUUGUGCUUUGGUUGAUGACUGAGGUGGCUCUUAUUGGCUCUGACAUACAAGAGGUUAUUGGGAGCGCUAUUGCUAUCAGAAUUCUAAGUAACAAUGUUGUGCCCCUCUGGGCUGGAGUCGUCAUUACAGCUUUAGAUUGUUUUAUUUUUCUCUUCCUUGAGAACUAUGGUGUGAGGAAAUUGGAAGCGUUUUUUGCCGUUCUGAUUGGUAUAAUGGCUCUCUCAUUUGCGUGGAUGUUUGGGGAAGCAAAGCCCGAUGGUGUUGAUGUUCUUCUUGGUAUUUUGGUUCCUAAACUUAGCUCCAGAACUAUACAGCAAGCUGUUGGGGUUGUCGGCUGUAUUAUUAUGCCUCAUAAUGUAUUCUUACAUUCGGCACUUGUUCAAUCAAGGCAGAUUGACCCCAGCAAGAAAGGCCGUGUUCAAGAAGCUCUUAAUUACUACUCUAUAGAGUCCACCAUUGCCCUUGUAGUCUCCUUUGUCAUUAAUAUAUUUGUCACAACUGUGUUUGCUAAGGGCUUUUAUGGUACUGAAAUAGCAAAUAGCAUUGGUCUUGUAAAUGCAGGGCAGUACCUUCAGGAGAAGUAUGGGGGUGGACUAUUUCCAAUUCUAUAUAUAUGGGGUAUCGGGUUAUUAGCAGCGGGCCAGAGUAGUACUAUUACUGGUACUUAUGCUGGACAAUUUAUCAUGGGGGGUUUUCUGAAUUUAAAGUUGAAAAAAUGGAUAAGGGCACUAAUUACGCGGAGUUUUGCAAUCAUCCCAACCAUGAUAGUUGCUCUUAUAUUCGAUACCUCAGAAGAAUCAUUAGAUGUUUUGAAUGAAUGGCUUAAUGUCCUCCAGUCAGUUCAAAUCCCCUUUGCGCUCAUUCCCUUGCUUUGCUUGGUGUCCAAAGAACAAAUAAUGGGCAGUUUCAAAAUUGGCCCUGUCCUCAAGAUUAUUUCCUGGCUUGUGGCUGCGCUGGUCAUAGUGAUAAAUGGCUAUCUUUUGCUGGAGUUUUUCUCCGCUGAAGUGACUGGAGCGGUGUUCACCACUAUAGUGUGUGCAAUAACAGCUGCAUAUGUUGCAUUUGUACUUUACCUAAUUGCAAGGGCCAUUACCUUUUCACCGUGGCAAAGUUUAACUCGAUCAAAGACUGUUGCCUGCACCGAGGAUUGAGCAGUCAAUUCUUAUUCCUUAAAACCAUGGAUUAGGAAAUGCUAUAUCGCUGAGGGCCACAAAUACUUUUGCCACGAUUUUUCUAGGCAUACUCAUGCUAGUUCUUUGUGUAACACCUUAUAAUUUGAUGCAGGGGGCAGUGGCACAUUAUUAGUUGUCGUACUCUAUGAAACCACUCACAGUAGAUGUUUCUGUAUUACUGUCAAAACUUUCGAUGUAUAAUGGAGCUGUAAGCAUAUGCAUUGGAUAUUCCGACACAAUGUGGUUGAGACACAUUUUAAGACUACGAAGUUUAGACAAGUAGUUCCCGUUAUUGUUGUGUCUGACCCGCUCUAUGCUUUCUAUUUGGGAUUCUUUUUUAGGUUGUGGAUGGAACCUGCUACUUGCUUCCAAAUUUUGGCAUCGAAGAUUGUGGAAUAGAGUGGUAAGAAUGCAUUCCUGUUAAUUUGUUGUAAGGAUUGUGUGCCUUGGAAGACAAGAACUGUUGUUUGCAUUUUGCUGAUUAUAAUUUGUGCAUAAUUCGUUAUUUUUUUUUUGUUAUAUCAAGGAUGUAACCUACAAAUGCAUUGUAUGAGUCAUUCAGAAACAAAGUGCAUUAUCAAUUAAACGUAAGAAUAAAACUAAUUUAUACUGACUAUUGGCUAAUAUUAAAAAUAAUUUUCGAAAGUCUUGGUGUGAUAAUUCUAUAAAAAAGUAAUAACAAAGAUGCUGAUUUUUUAAGAUAAAAUAUUAUGUGCAUAUAAUUAACUAUAAAAAAACCAAGUUAAUGAAAAAAAUGAAUUAUGAGUUUAAAAAACAAACCUCGACUCCUGAAAAUUUAAGUGUCGAUGAUGUGAAAAUUCAGUACUGUUUUUGCCGAAGUCUGUGUGCCAUUGUGCUUACCCGUUUAUUCGUUAAUGUAGGCACCGGAUCUUUGUUUAGAGGCAUUUGUGAAUAGUGAUUCUCAGAUUUUAUGGUCGAAAAUUUUUAAUUUAUUUUGCCCAAUGAUGCCAAUGCACGAUACUGGGUUCCGCUGAAAACUGUAAACCAUUGUAUUCUCGUUUGUCAGUACCUAACUUUUAACAUAUCUGCUCUUUUUUUCUUCUUCUUGUCAUUCCCUUCUUUGAACCUAGUAUUCCUU